AUGCCACCUAAAGCAGCCAAGCCAAAAGCAGCCGCCAACAACGACUUCGACGAGCUCUUCGAAGGCAUCGGCGAUGAAAGCAAAGGCAAGAAGACAACUAGCAAAUCCAAGCCCACGGCCUCUAAAGCUCGAGGCAACAAACUCGAGCAAGAGCUCGCCGAGCUAGAGAACGAACUCGGCGGCGAAGAACCAGCCCGCCCACACACUCCCCGCGUAAAGGAAACAGCUACGUCCAAAGCCCCAGUGAAGCGAACUAGCACAGCUACACCGCCACCAGGCGCCGCUCGCCUCUCCGAAGACAAGCCAUCCGCCAACGUCGUACGCAAAUCCGCCGACAGCGCCCGUUCCUUACACGCCAGCUUCACACCCAGCGCCACGAGCUCUGACCUCCAGGAUGCCGAGAAGAAAGGUCCCGUAGAACAGACAGCUGCCGCCGGCGCUGGAGGCGGGUGGUGGGGUGGUCUGUUUGCUACAGCGAGCGCCACGGCAAACGCCGCCAUGAAGCAAGCCGAGGCUGCAUAUAAGGAGAUCCAGCAGAACGAAGAAGCCAAGAAAUGGGCUGAGCAAGUUCGAGGUGGUGUUGGGGCUCUCGGGGGCAUACGUGAAGGCAUCCGCCAACGCGCCCUCCCAACCUUCGCCGACAUCCUCCACACGCUCGCGCCACCUAUCUCCUCGCACGAGCGUCUACUCAUCCACAUCACGCACGACAUCGUCGGGUACCCAUCUCUCGACCCGCUAAUCUACGGCGUCUUCAGCCGCGUGAUGUCGCAAGUCGAAGGCGGGGACCUACUCGUCAUCCAGCGGGGCCACGAGAGCACCGCUCGUCGCUCCUCCGACGCUGCCUUCUACAAGGGCGCAUCCAGCUCCGCCGGCUGGCGCGACGGCCCAUGGUGGCGCCAAGUUGAUUCCCCGCGCGACCUCGGCGCUGUUAAGGGCCUCGUCGAGGGCACCAAGUUAUGCCGCGUCAGCGCCGAGAGCUACUCUCACGAUUACUUCGCGGCUAGCGGUGGCGUGAGCGAGGCCCAGAAACGAGCUCUUGAGCCGGUGAGCGAGGAGAAUCCCGUACGCACUAGCGAUAUCUUCUUAGCCGUUCAGCCUAUCAUCGUAGACGCCGACUCGGCUCUAUUCGCAGGUAGUACGGCGGGCGAGAAAGAAAAAGAAACUAGCCCAGUUGCGGAAGACGCUGCUUCCGCCGAUACACAAGUGUGUUUCGCUGUAUACGUCCUCGACCCGAUCCACGAAAUCAUAUACAGCACCGUCAGUCAAUCUAUUCCAUCGCGAUGGAUUCGAUGGCUGGACGCAUCUCCUUCGCCUUUGACGCCUGGUAGCGACGGCGACGAGGAAGAAGAUUCAGAUUCAGACGACUCAUCCGAGGACGAAGAAGACGAAAAACCGAAGCCGAAACCCCAGCGCCAGCAACGUUUACCUGAGGGAUUGGCCGGUGCAAAUGUACCCGACGAGAUCCGCGAGAUUGUGGAAAGCGGCGGUGUGGAUCCGCGUGAAUGGGUUGCUGAGUGGGUGGAAGAGACUCUGAGCUUGAGUAUUGGGGUUGUGGCGCAGCGGUAUGUGGCCCGUCGUAUGGGUGUUGGGGAGGGCGGAUUGGGGAAGGGGAAGCAGAAGGUUGAGGCGCUUGUGCAAGAUGGUGGUGGUGAGGCUGCGAGGGCGGGGUUGAUUUGA